CCUUGUCAUCUCUCUCACCUUUCUCAUCUCUCUCAUCUCUGUCAGCGUUCCCAUCUCUCCCAUCAUCCGUCUGUCUCAAGCAUCAUCUCUCUGACUCCACGACCGACGACUGCGCAACGACUCUUAAUCAACAUUCACACCCCAGCACACUCGUUUCCAACCUGCCCUCCACGCUGUGGCUCUCGACGCGUGCAUCUAACUUUACGCAACUCACAACUCUGGGACCAUGUCUCCUCGCCUAGUCGCGCGGUACCCCAGCCGCGGCCGCAUGUCCAGGCGGCAAGACCCCGCCGUGUCCAGCACGUCGUCGCCGCUUCCUUCCACCCCCGCCGCUGGCUCGAGUUCAGAUGCGCCCCCAUCAUCUGCGCCGCCCCCCUCCACGGACCCCUCGGCCUCAUCCUCAUCCUCCAGCCCGCCAUCGACCUCCCCUCCGUCAUCGACACCACCCACGAGUACACCCCCAACAUCUACCCCUCCUACGAGCGAGCCUCCGACCUCUACCCCUCCCACUUCCACGCCGCCGACUUCCACGCCUCCGACGUCCACCCCGCCUACCUCGACGCCACCAACUUCGGAGCCCCCUACUUCCACUUCGACGACCACUGUCACUCCCCCACCGCCCACAAGCUCGACUACACAGGCGCCCCCUCCCCCGCCCUCGACAUCCACGGUCGUCAUAACGGAGGAUCCCAACACACUCCCGCGCACCACUACUACCCCUAUCAGUCCCACCACUUUUGUGCAGAACGGCACGACGGUGAUCAUUUCCAGAACGGCGACGGGGCAGAUUCAGAGCGAAGUAGCUCAGACGGGCGGCAAGUCUACCGCGAACAUUGGCGCGAUCGUCGGCGGAGUGCUGGGCGCGGCGGCCCUCGUGGGCGUGAUCGUGGGCUUUCUCCUGUUUUGCCGCCACCGACGGAGGAAGCAACGCUACGAUGGUGUCCCGCAGAUGCCCCCUCGUCCGAGCUGGACACCCCUGUCGCCCGUUGCGACGCUGCCCACGCUCAGCUCGGGCCCAGCCUACGAGCCAUACUACGAUGCAUUUCAGCGCUACGACCAACCGGCCCCUUAUGUGGAUCAACAGCCGUCGGAUGGUCGUGUCCGCUCGAACCCCAACUCGCAGUACUCGGCCUACUCGCAGCUCUCGACGUUGGACCCGUCGCCCGACUCGAGCACGGGCCAGCUAAUAGGUGUGGGCGCCACAGUUGGCACAGCAGGCGCGGCCGCAGCAGUCGGGGCCGCAGCAGCCUCCGGCACGCGACACCGCGACGAUGACGUCUGGCACGAGGCGCGCAUGUACCAGGACCACUACUUGCCCGAUCCCAGCCCCUCGAUAAACAGGGCGGAGCACACCGGCACGCCUUCCUCGUCGUACGCUUGGGGCGCCGCCCAGCCGACGCGUAAGUUGGGCAUGACGAAUCCCGACCCCGAGACGCCCGACACGCCCAAGUCCAGCUACUUCGGCCUGUCCGAGCCGCGCGACGAGAGCCCAGGUGCGAGUGGCCCAGGGGUAGGAGCGAUGGCGGGGGUGGGCUUGGGCGCAGCCUCUGCUGUGUCCUCUAGACCGGGCACGACGAUGCCCUCACCGCCUCGGCCCCCCAAGAGCGAGCGCCGCCUGAGCGGCUCACCGCUCGUGUUGCACACGAACCUCGCGGACCCGCAGAUGGACCCGGUUCCUCUCUCCGCGGUGCGCCAGAGCGAGGGCGGCACAAUGGACUCGGACCCCUUCAAGUGGGACGCGAUCAGCGCGGCACACUCCGCACUCACCGCCAACGCCGCUGGCCCCUCGCAGCCUGGCCUCGCGAUAUCACCCCCGCCCGGUGCGGAGCAGCCUUCCGCCGGGCGCCUGCCCGUAAAGAAGGACCUGACGCACGACAUGCUGCGCAGACAGGAUACCCUGCCGCCGUACAACCCGCAGUGGGAGAACCGGCUGAGCGCGGGCACGUUCGGCGACAUGAAGCGCGAGCUGCGUGAGCGCGGCGGAGACACAGCCUAGGACAAUGCUGGCAUAGAGGACCGUGUAUUCUAGCAGCUAGACCAGGCGGCAAUGUAUAAUACUUCGUCAAGCAACAGGUCGAGCAAUUCCGAUUCUAGGUGCCUGGGUCUGUCAUGAUUCGGAGUGGUGCAAGAUUGCGGUAUGCGACGUACCGUACCUCAUGUGCCGCGGCGGGCCCAGUAACCCACCGCGAGGUCAGCUGUCGUCGUCUGCCCACCCACCAACGCCGUGGCGGAAUUGCACACGGGUGGCGAGUGGAGUGACCGACAUCCCGAC